CUGGCGCGGCCCUCAGGCCCCGAGCGGAACGCGGCUUCUUCUCCUCCUCAGCCUUGUCCUCCCCUUUCACACCCCCCCCCCCUCCUCCUCCGUCUCUUCUUUCUCCUUCAACUCAACCUCCACCUCUUCCCUCAACUCCCCUUCCACCACUUCACCCACCUCCUCAACUCUCAACUCAUCCUCCACCUCCUCUCUCACCUCCUCCACAUCUACCACCACCACCACCACCACCUACCUCUUCCACCACUUCCUUCCCCUCCGACUUCAUCACCCACCUCUUCACCCACCUCCUCUCUGACUUCAUACACCUCCCCCUCCUCACCCACCACCUGCCUCCGAUCCAGCAACUUCAUCUCCAUCACUACCACCACCACCAUAUUUGACCUCACUCACCAACCUGGUCCACCACCACCACUCUCACCACCACCUCUCACCACCACCACCACUCUCACCACCACCACUCUCACCACCACUACCACCACUCUCACCACCACUACCACCACUCUCACCACCACUACCACCACUCUCACCACCACUACCACCACUACCACCACUCUCACCACCACUACCACCACUCUCACCACCACCACCACCUCUCUCACCACCACCACUCUCACCACCACCACCUCACUCACCACCACCACCACCUCACCACCACCUCACUCACCACCACCUCUUUCACCACCACCACCUCUCUCACCACCACCACCACCUCACCACCACCACCACCUCACUCACCACCACCUCACUCACCACCACCAUGUCCACCAUGACAUCAAGCGAGACGAUCUGCAUCACGGCGGACGGCGUGGAGAUCCCCGCCGAGAUCGUGGAGCUGCAGGAGAUCGAGGUGGUCACCAUCCCCAUCGACGGCUCCCUGGGCGACGACGACGAAGAGUCUCUGGGCCUCGAGCCGCUGGGCUCGGGUGCCGACGACGACGACGAUGACGUCCGCCACCAGGAGGUGAUCCUCGUGCAGACGCACGAAGAGGUGGUGGGCGAGGAGCUGCACGCCGUGAGCCUCGACCACAUCCUCAUCCCCGUGCCCGCGGGCCACGACGGCCUGGGCGACGAGCCCCUGGCCGAGCAGCACAAGGCCUUCAAGCGCAGCGGGGUCCACAAACGCGGCAACAAGAUCUCGGCGUCGGUAUCGCCCGCCGGCGGCGCCAAGCGCGGCGCGGGGGGCCUCCUAGAGGCCGAGGCCAAAUGUGCGGCCAAGUGGGACCACAAGCAGGUGCAGAUCAAGACCUCGGAGGGAGACUUCUCCGUCACCGUGUGGGCCUCGGAAGACAAGAUGUCAGAGAUGGAGGAGAUGUCACUGGUGGAGGAGGUGAUCCCGCAGAGCUCCGUGGUGCUUGACGAGGUGGACGAAGUGCAUCAUCACUUCGCGCAGCAGCGCAAGGGGUCGGCACCCGGGAUUCCCGGCAUCGACCUCGCCGACCCCAAACAGCUGGCGGAGUUUGCGAGAAUGAAGCCUCUCAAAGUAGCCGACGUCGAAGUGGAUUCGUCAAAAACAAUCGCUUGUCCUCACAAGGGUUGCACCAAGAUGUUCCGCGACAACUCGGCAAUGAGGAAACACCUGCACACCCACGGGCCGCGUGUACACGUGUGUGCCGAGUGCGGCAAGGCCUUCGUCGAGAGCUCCAAACUCAAGCGGCACCAGCUGGUGCACACCGGAGAGCGGCCCUUCCAGUGCACGUUCGAAGGCUGCGGGAAGCGCUUCUCGCUGGAUUUCAACCUGCGCACGCACAUCCGAAUCCACACGGGAGACCGGCCCUACGUGUGUCCGUACGACAGCUGCAAUAAGAAGUUUGCGCAGUCCACCAACCUCAAGUCGCACAUCCUCACGCACACCAAGGCCAGGAAGAAAUGAGCGCGUGGACGCUGUGCCGAGAGAGAAGCUGUCUUCGUCUCCCGUCACUUCCGCCUGGCAGCGCGCGCAGCCCCCAGAAACUGAAAUGAAAAGUGAAAUUCCUUCCACACCCGACUUCCUCCAAAGACUGAAAUCAGGAAUGUUUCUGCAAUGUAAGAUUACCGCAUCGUUCCUGUCAUGGUUGUGUUGAUAUCAAAGGUAGCCGGUGCGGUUAGUUGAAGUGGAGACCCCCGCGGGCUGUGCUAACUCCAGUGUACUGCUUUUUCACAUGUACAUAUUUUUUCAGUUAAUGACUAACCUGUAAGCUGUACUAUGUUGUAUAUCCCUUUUUAUUGAUUUAAAAGUAAAAAAAAGCCAACUUAGAACAUGUUUGAGCACCAUGGUUAUCCUUAUUUAAACAUUGGCAAAUAGAGGCUCUUAUUAGUUGUCCUGCGUAAAUUAAAGGUAAGAACAAUUUUAGUCAUUUAUAUUUUCAGGUGAAUGCGUUUGAAGAAUUGCGACGGCAGGAAGUGUGCCCCUGUGUUGUCCGCGUUUAUCCCGGAGCCAGAGGCUGCACUCUUUUGGUGCAAAUCGUCAAACUCCAAAUUUUGUAUCGACAUUUUCAAGCUAAAAGCUGAAAUGCGCCUGGCACUAAGUAUUAUCGGACUGUUUUCACAAUCUAGCCAUUGUGUUUAAACAAUGCUGUUAUAACAACACCAAUCAUGACAACACCAAUCGUGACAACAUUACAAAUAACUCGUAAUAAACGCUCAGGUUGCGCACGACCCACAUCUCGCACGACCCUGGCUCACUCGCGAGGUCCGGCUCAAUUUCGAUUUAAAGCUUUCGUGACUGCAGGGAUUCAUCUUCUUGGUUCUUUCGGUAAAGUCACGUAGAAGGGAAUUCAUCUUCUUCCUGUAAUCCAGCACUGUACAGGUAGUCCUCUACUUACGAUGGAGAUGCGUUACGACGACCCCAUCGUAAGUCGAAAAUAUCGUAAGUCGAAGAUGGCCUAGCCUACCCAGGAGUCUUAAAGAAUGGUGAUAAUUUAGCAAAACAGAACAAUAUACAUUUCGAUUUAAAGCUUUCGUGACUGCAGGGAUUCAUCUUCUUGGUUUUUUCGGUAAAGUCACGUAGAAGGGAAGUAAUAAAAUAAUAAAUAUAUUAUUUUAAAAUAAUAUUAUUUUAUUACUAAAAUAAAAAUAUUAUUUUAUUACUUCCCUUCUACGUGACUUUACCGAAAGAACCAAGAAGAUGAGGUCCGGCUCGCUCGCAGCAGGGUCUGGCUCACAAACACCACAAUGAGGGUCUCUGCAUGCGUGUGGGUUGUGGGUGAAUACGACAAUACUUCACGCUAAUUGUGUGGGUUGAAGAGUGAGAACGUAGUCGUAGUGAAACAUUGCAUGUUGCCACCACUACCCUUUAUUGCCAGCCACGUAGCCCUGUGACAACGUGUGCGUGCACGAUGGCCACUUAUCCAAGCACUAUGCAAGGCAACUGCUUAGAUUUGGAGUUGCGAGAUGGGGUGAUUUGGGCCAUAUCUUGUGAGAGAUGUUUGUGAACAUGGUGCAAAUUCUCCCGCGUGUGUCGCUGCGAGGAACGUGCCGCUUCUGCUGCUGUUCCUCUGUGGCUGUCACUGCACCGCGGCCUCCAUGUGCUCCGCGCUGUUCCGGGUCGGGCCCGGGUUUUGUUUUGGGUUCUGCCCCGUGGGCGCGCGCGUGUUGCAACUCUGUUACACACGUGUUGUAUGUACAGUGCGUACUGUACUCGCAGUUCGUGCUCCACGUGUGCGCGGGUUGCCCGGGUGGGUACCGAAGUUGGCACCAGGCUAAGGGGGGUUUGAAUUGGUGAAAGGGGCUUGGGUCUCGGGCUGGCUGGGCGGAUCGUCAACUCGCUUCGUCUAGCCGAGGGGCUGAGGGAGGCGGCCCACUUUAGGAGGGCGUAAUAGGGCCACGGUGUGUGCCUAAAGGGGCGUAAUCAGGGGUGUGGCUCGUGACCAAAGUCGGUUGCGUUGCUAGGGGGCGUGGCGCGUAACGAGGGGAGUGUUGCUGCGGGCGUGAUCCGUAACUAGCGGGCGUUGUUAGGGGCGUGGCUCGUAACCAGGGGGGCGUUGUUAGGGUCAUGGCUCGUAGCUAAGGAGCGUCGCUGCGG